UCUUUGCUCAAUGUUUUAGGAAACGUGGCCUUACCUUACCGCAGCAUCACUGUUGUGGAUGAAUGAUAAACACCCAGCGGUUCUUCCACCUCUUCCAGCCCGUGUCUCAGCUACAGCACACAGCCCGCUUCUGAACCAUGUCUGAGACGGAGCAGAUCCCGGAGGCCGUCGCUGCCGUCCUGGAGGCCCUGAACAACACAGACUCCAACGGAACCGAGCAGGCUCUCAACGCGACGGCUAAAUUCGUGGCGAGUCCGGAGGGCACCGCGCUGGCGUACGGCAGCCUGGUGUUCAUGGCUCUGCUGCCCAUCUACUUCGGAGCCCUGCGGUCCGUCACUUGCUCCAAAUCAAAGAAUGCAUCGGACAUGCCUGAAACGAUCACCAGUCGAGACGCCGCAAGGUUUCCCAUCAUCGCCAGCUGCACUCUGUUCGGGCUCUACCUGUUCUUUAAGGUAUUUUCUCAAGAGUACAUCAACAUGCUGCUGUCCAUCUACUUCUUUGGCCUGGGCGUGCUGGCUCUGUCUCACAUCAUGAGCCCUCUGAUGUCCAGGAUCUUUCCAGCUUCUUUCCCUAACAAACAGUUCCAGCUGCUCUUCACUCAGGGCUCCGAAGAGGCCAAAGAAGAAAUAGUCAACUAUGAGUUUGACACCAAGAACCUGCUGUGCCUGAUCAUCAGCAGCGUGGUGGGAGUCUGGUACCUGCUCAAAAAGCACUGGAUAGCCAACAACCUGUUUGGCCUGGCGUUCGCUCUGAACGGAGUGGAGCUGCUCCACCUGAACAACGUCAGCACCGGCUGCAUCCUGCUGGGGGGGCUCUUCGUCUACGACGUGUUCUGGGUGUUUGGGACCAACGUCAUGGUAACAGUUGCCAAGUCCUUUGAAGCACCAAUCAAAUUGGUGUUUCCUCAGGAUCUACUGGAGAGAGGACUUGAUGCCAGUAACUUUGCCAUGCUGGGUCUCGGGGACAUCGUCAUCCCAGGAAUCUUCAUCGCUCUGCUGCUGCGCUUCGACGUCAGCCUGAAGAAGCAAAGCAAGACGUAUUUCUACUCCAGUUUCCUGGCCUACAUCUUCGGACUGGGCCUCACCAUCUUCGUCAUGCACACCUUCAAACACGCACAGCCCGCUCUGCUGUACCUGGUCCCGGCCUGCAUCGGCUUCCCCUGCCUCGUAGCGCUGGUCAAAGGAGAGCUCACGGAGUUGUUCAGUUAUGAGGAGACCGUUCCCGAGGACACAGAGGCUAAAGAAGACGACGAAACAGAGAAGAAGGACCAAUAGCAUCCAUCGCUUCCCCCCCCCCCCCCACCCACCACCCGCCCUCCUCAAACACUUCUCAUCCAGCCUGCUGACGCCACAUUUCAACGAAGCCCCUCCCCCUCCCGCUUCUCCAGCUUCCUGUUUGUCGCCGGGCAGGGAUCUCAACAGGGGGCUCUCACGUAGCCAGCGUUGUUCGUGUCUGGUCUCCGUGGUAACGGCUGCUGUCGUGCGAGCGACGGUGGUGUUUGUAAUUUAAAGGUUGUUUCGUUGCGACAGCUCAGACUCUGUGCCUGCCAUGUUUCCUCUGUCUGUCUCUCAGCUGCACGCACACAGGGAACACACACAUCCUCUGCGGCUUUCCCCCCAAAAACACACACACACACACACACGAGUGUUUUAAUGUACGUUUAAUAAUAUGCAUGUGAAAGCAGACGCAGCGUCACCAGAUCUGAUCCGCUUGUGUGUUUGCAGCUCGUUGGCUCAGACCAGGAAACCAGUAAACUUCCACUGUUUGAAAGAGCGUAUAAUGCCGCCUCAAAAGUGGGAAAAUCCCACGGUCAAACAAGUGCUUCUGUCUUUUGUUUCAAAGCCUCAAACAAAGAGCCACGAUUCUUAUUCUUUUGAAUAAGGUACCUGAGCUUGAAUAUUCCACCAUGUCACUUCUCAAACUCCUGAUUUCCUGUCGAUCGUCCCGCGGUGGUUCUUUGUCUCUGGGUCUCUUCUCUUCUCUGGUUUAAUUCGGCGCCGGGUCGCCGCUCAUUCUGCCUUCUGCUUCCUCACAUCUGUGUUUCCCGUUUUGUUUUAUUGUGUUUUUUUUUUGUUAAAGGCCAGAAUUUUAAGAUGGGUAGCAUUUUGUUUCUGAUUGUAUACAGUGAGUUGCUCAUGUUGUCAAAGCUGUACUGUACAUCCACCUGACCUUUAAACUGACUGUACCAGAUGCAUGUAAGGAAAUGAAUCCUGCUUAUCAUCAGGCAUGUGGCGCUAAAAUGUCCUCAAAUUUAAAUCUGCGGUGACCAUUUCAAGCAGUAAGUCAUAUUCAGUCAGAGGUCAGACAUUGUGUAUGAUACAGUGUUCUUUUUUUAACUUUUUUUACACUUUUAUCACAGGAAAUACUUUUUUUUGUCAUCAAAUCUCAUGUUUAGAUCUAAACCAACACUGUAAGAACAUACAUCUUUGAAACACCUCACAAAUGUAUAUUUUCAUUUUUAUUUCAUUUUUUUAGAAGCUUCAGUAAUUUAACAACUGGUAGCUUUUAACAAGCAUUACAAGCUGUAGUCUUUAAGAUUGACCUUUUCUUGUUUUUCUUCCAGUCAGUGUUUUCAGAAUGUUUAAAUACUACAAGAUGUGAAGAUUAAAUGAAAAUGAAUUGGCUUAAAAUCACUGUUAUUUCUAUUUAAUCCGUAACUGUUCUACAUGAAGUGUGGGAUUGUUUUACAUCAUGCACUCUUCAUGGAGCUGUUCAUUUAGAUCUUACAUUUAGCUACAAAUCACUCGGCUCUUUUUUUUUGUGUAUUAGUUCGGUUUCUUCAGAGUUCACUUCAUUACUACAGGUGAGAAUUUACCUGCCUGGUUAAACUAAAGUUGAGUCAAAUAUUUUUUACAUCUGUUUUCAGUCUUAAAGUUCUGGCCUGUGAGAUGAAUGUGAGGAGUAAAGGGAGGAGGAGGAAGUCUGAACCUCCUCUGCUGAAUAUUAACGGUCCUCAUUCUCAGAUCUUAUUGGUGGAGAGGCUGCGAGGGGCGGGGCCCUGUUGUUUCCUCGUCCAAUAGGCUGUUUGAAUGAGCCGAGGAGACAGGAGCGUUUGUGUUUUUUUCCCACAAGCAUUCUCACUCUUGAUAAGUAAACUAAAUAAUCUGGGUUUACGGACUGUUGGUCCAAACCAUUAAUGCCAUUAAUUCAAUAAUCAAAUGUUUUCUACAAUGAUACCAACUUCUUUGUUACAACCUUGUUUUAGAAAGCCGAUAAAUGAUUGAUCAGUUACAAAAAAUGGUUAUCGCACAGUUGACAUUUCGUUAAAAACCAUUUGUAGGAUGUGAUAAAGAUUGCUUGACUGAAAAAAGUAGUGAAUGAAUUGACCAAAAGAGUCAACAGUGUGCAGAUGUUUGCCCCUUAGAUGUAUUCUCAUACACACCUGUCUUCAUACAGAUGUUCAAGUGUCUCUGCUGUGUGAUUUGAAUUGUAAGAUGCCAAAAAUGUCCAAAUCUAUUGCUUAUAGUCAGAUUUUUUUAUCUCACAAUAGACGAGUUAAAAAAAGAAUGUUCCAAAUUAAACCAGCCAAUCAUGAGAGAUCCUAAAUAUUCGGUGUAUGUUUCAAAAAGAAAUGCGAACAACAUUUCCCAAAAUGCAUUGUACACCUUAACAUUUAUUUUCUUUAAUUGGUUUUGAGUCUUUUGUUUUUUUUAAGUCAGAAUUUCACAAUAAAGUUCUGAAUUUUGUCAGAAGACUUUUGAGAAUAGUCAGAAUACUGAGAUGUAAUUAUUCUGACUCUCUUCAAGAUAUUAACCAUCAGAAAACUCAAUUUUUACUUUUUAAAAUUAGUUAUUUUUUAAUUACUUUUUAUUCAUUUAGAGGGUUUUUUUCUAAAUGAAAACAUGUCUCUCCUCUAGGACACACCAUGUGUUGCUCACAUUUUGAAAAUGUAGAGCAGCUCUCUGGGUUUGUGGAUGCUUGAGAAAAGCUUCUCUGAUUGGACUGUUCAGCCGCCAUCAUUAUUCUCAAUGUUAUCAAUGUUGUUGCUUUAUGAAAAAGAUGCUCAGUUUUUUGUAUUUCGAUGUAAAACAGGAAAAUAAAUGGAAGUAUGAUGCCCACAUUCAGCUCAGUGACGUUCAGUAGCCCCUCAUAAUUUUAAAUGUAAUGCACCUGAAAUGUUUUCUGUUUUUAUUUCUCUUUCUCUGGUUGCAUUUGUGCAGGAAGUCAUUUUACGGCCCUGACUGUAUAUCUAUUUCAUUUGCAAUAAACGUUUUGGUGUUUUGAUCACCGUAUAGAGAAGCAUCA